AUGCGGGAACCAGGAACAGGCAGCCGCCCCCGUCUACAGCCACCGCCACCCCGUGCUGACUUUACGUCGACUUCACUCCUUCAAAUAAGACCCUCAGCCCACCAAAACCCUGUGCUCUCUCUUCUUUUCCCCGACUCCCCUCGGACCCAACCCUUCUCUCCGGCUCGAACACCCUUCCAAGCCGCAAUCCAGCAGCACCCAAGAACAAGAAAAAGAGACAUGUCCUGCGGCAGUGGCUGCAGUCCCCACGCGGGCUUCCCGGACCCGAACCAGCGCGUCCACCCGGGCGGCAGCGACGUCAACGGCCACAGGCGCCACGCCUCGGCCCGCCGCCCGACCUUCUUCUCCCGCCGCCUCGCGCGCGCCUCCGACGUCCUCUCCGACCCGCUGCGCAUCUCCUUCCGCGAGCUCGUCCUCGUCGCCCUCGCCCUCUUCGCCCUCUACCACGGCUUCUUCGCCGCGCGCACCUCCCGCGACCUCCUCGCCGUCCAGCCCGUCGCCGCCCUCUGCGGCCCGAGCCUCGCGCCCUGGGGCUGCGCCGUCCGCCUGUUUUGGAUGCACUUCGCCAUCGCCAGGAUGUGGGUCGGCGCCGUCGUCCCCUGGGCCUUUGUCGCCGCCGCCGCCGUGUUUGUCGGGGAGGAGGUCAUUCGCGCGGUGAAGCGGCAGGGCAAGAAAUGA